AGCUGACCAAUCAGAUUGCGCUCUUGUUAAACAUAUGGCUACUCGGAAUGAAAUAACUUUAUUAACAACUGUUCACAUGACACGUGAGCAGAAAACGCCGGCUGGAGGCUGUAAAUGGCAGCGCUGGUGCAGUAUGUGGUGCUCCGCAAAGACCUGCAGUCCGGCCUCGGGUGGCCUCUGGGAGCUCUGGUGGCUCAGGCCUGUCAUGCUGCAACUGCUAUAAUCCACCUGCACUACAAGCACCAGCAAACCCAGGAGUAUCUGCAGGAGCUGGACAGCAUGCACAAGGUGGUGCUAGAGGUCCCAGAUGAGGUCACAUUGACCGGUCUAGCGGAGACAUUGAAGGCGGCCAAUAUUGACCAUAAACUGUGGAUUGAGCAGCCGGAGAACAUCCCGACCUGUAUCGCCCUCAGACCUUACCCCAAAGAAGAAGUUCAUCGCUACCUGAAGAAGUUUAAGCUUCUGAAGUGAUGGUUGGAUGGACCUGCAGGAUCUCCUGUACUCAUUGUUUUUAAUGUAAAUCUAUGGGGCUGAGUCCCGCUGCCGCUUACCGGUCUUAAAGAGUGAGAUGUUUUCCAACUACAGCCAGAAGCUUGAUGGAAUUAUUUUUUUUUUAAUCUAACUUAGAAUUAAAAU